AAAGUGAAUUCAUUCUGACAAUUACGGGAUAUGACUGCGUUGACGUUAAUAUCCGUAGUUCUCUAUUCCACAGCAAUGAUUCUUAUCAUCGAGUUGGAUGCAUUAUUCAUUCCAAAACGGAUGGAUCCUGUGCUUAGUGCCAGGGAAAGAAUAAUUUUAGAUCCAAAGAAGCGACCGUUUUGCAACGCAUUUACUGGUUGUGGUCGAAAGCGUUCCAACCUUCCCGCCUUGUUUUCCGACGGUCAAGAAAUGGAAAAUUCAAUUAACAGCUUAUUGGAGUUAAGCGCAGAACCUUCCGUUGAAGACCUGUCUAGGCAAAUUAUGUCAGAAGCGAAAUUGUGGGAAGCAAUACAAGAAGCCAACCUAGAACUGAAGAAACAUAAGAAUCGACCAAUGUUACCAAGCGAUUUUUCUGACGAUGUUUCCAUGGCUGAUAGAGGCGCGAUAUCAACUUGCGCUCUACCGCCAUGUUAUAUUUAAAUUUUCGACGAGUAGAUCAAAUUUGUUAAUCCGUAAUUUUCAAGUAAUACAAUUACCUUUGUCAACUUAGCAUAUACAUAUUAGCAAAUUUUGAGUAACUAGUUAUUCAAAAUUUACAGGUUUUACUUAAAUUUUGACGUUAUAAAAAAUAAAGAGCAGUAAUCAACAAAA